UUCCAAGAAGCAAAAACGUGUUAUUUUUCACUCGUCCAUUUGUGUAUAUAUAAGGAAGGCAAAUCCCCUCGCGCUCUGUCACUCUCUAGUGGUGGCUCGCUCUCUGCUAAUCCUUCCUGCUCUCAGGCGUAUCGCCUCAUUAGGUACGUAUUGCGCAUCAAAUGUCUUUUGAUCUCUGGGAGAAAAAUUCGACAUAUCUUUGGUGUGACUUUGGGUUUAUGAGCAGGGGGAGAUUGUGGUGUUCGAAUAAGAUAUUGUUUCGACAUUGGACUUGAUGAUCUGUUUCCCGUUUUUCUUUUGUUUAUAAGAUAAACAUCUCGUUUAAUCUUAAUUGCAAGAGGCAAAACUGCUGUAUAGGGUCUGGUACUGCGCAAGCAUACUUUGAUUGCUCCGGGAAGUAAUACUGCAUAGUGGAUUCAAUAACUUCUGCUCAUAGUGGGUUUUCUUAAGGCUCCAAUUAUGGGGAAAAAAUCCCUGCCUCCAGGGUUCCGAUUUCAUCCAACGGAUGUUGAACUUGUUAAGUACUAUUUGAAGAGAAAAGUGAUGGGGAAGAAGCUUCUCAUAGAUGCCAUUGCAGAGGUUGAUAUUUACAAGUUUGCUCCUUGGGAUCUUCCAGAUAAAUCUUAUUUGAAGACUGGGGACCUCAAAUGGUAUUUCUUUUGCCCCAGAGAGAAGAAAUAUGCAAGUGGGGCUAGAAUGAACCGUGCCACUGAUUUGGGGUACUGGAAAAUCACAGGCAGGGAUAGAUCUAUUAAUUAUAAUGAUAAGAUUGUGGGGAUGAUAAAAACCUUGGUUUUUCACAGAGGCAAAGCUCCUAAAGGGGAUCGAACUGAUUGGGUUAUGCAUGAAUACAAACUUGAAGAUAAGGGGCUGGAUCUCAGGGGAGUUGCGCAGGAUGCUUAUGUGCUUUGUUCAAUAUUCAAGAAAGAUGGACGUGGCCCGAAAAAUGGGGCUCAAUAUGGAGCACCAUUUAAGGAGGAAGACUGGGAUGAUGAUGAGGCGGAGGAGGAGGAGGAGGUUAAUUUUGUUUCGUCAUUUAUCAUGUCUGCACCAGUGCCAGUUAAUCCAAAUGGUUCUGUAGUUACAAACCCACAUGUGCCAGAAGGCACAUGCAUAGGAUCUACUGCGUUAUGUCCAUCUGAGAUGCCAUCUGCAUCAAACAUCGACACAGUGGUUGCUGAUAAUUAUGUUGCAUCAAAAGAGCCUCACCAAGUUGGAACUGAGAAUGAUGAUGUUGCUGUGUUGGCCAACUUCUCAGAGGAAAGUCCGGGAUCUACUGCCUUAUGUCCAUCUGAGUUGCCAUCUAUAUCACAUAUAGAUGCAGUGGAUGCUUAUGAUGAUUUUGCAUCAGAAGAGCCUCCCCAAGUUGGAACGGAGAAUGAUGAUGUUGUUGCAAUGUUGGCCAUCUUCUCGGAGGAAAGCCCAUUUAUUCUAACCAAUGACAUGAAUGAGCAGGUUCAUAAUAUCAAUGAUGGUGGAAACAAUGUGGUUAAUCCAAGUUCAGACGGCAUUGAUAUUUAUGAUGGCUUGGGAGACCUGGGCAACCUAAAUAGCUUUGGUGAUUAUAUACCGCCAACCAGGGACCAAAUGCUUGGAGGAGAUGAAAUGCAAUAUUUGGAGCUGAUGGAUCUUGAUGAGCCUUUGGAUUGAUCUACUGAAGGUGGUGGAUACGAACAAGUCCACACUGGUGGUUUGUAUGCUAAUGGGAGCCGCCGCUUUGAUUCAGAAGACUUGUAUUGCAUUGCUAAUCGUCGUAAGUCUGCAAAUUUUGUCCAUGAAACAGCAAAACUUCGUCGCACGCGUGAAGAUGGGAAAAAGACAUGGAGAUAAGAAAUGCUAGUUUUAUUAUUAUUAUUAUUAUGGAAAUUUUUGUGUUCCAUUAUGUGGGGCACGGACCUAACUAAGGGUACGGCAGCCUUUUUCUGCCAAGCAAAAUUUUUAUGCCCUCACCAGCUGAGAAACAUUUAGGACCUGUUUACUUGUGUGCUGAAACAUUGAUUUCAUUUUCCAUAUUAAUCGUAGUCAUCUUUCCACUUCAAACAGUGGAAAACA